AUGUUAAUGCAAUCGCAGUCGGCUGGUGAGAAUCUACUCUUGAUCCAAGGCGCGGACGUGCUCAGACAGCUACUCAAUACAUUUCCUUUGGCUGCAAUGAAGGAAUUCGUCAUGUUCUGGCUGGCAACGGGGACAAAUCUCUCACUGGCAGAGCCUUUCACGGAAAAAUGCACUGAAAACAUGACCCGGUUAUUCACGACUUUCUCUCAGGAAGACAACUGGCACUUGGCGUAUGCGCAACGCCUGACUGAAAACUCCCGCAAACCGUUGCAAUUUCAUGGGAUGUCCGAAAUUUCUGAAUUCUCUGCUCAAUUUCUCGAUCAAAACUUCAGAUGGGAAAGCCUCGGCAUUUUUCUUUCUGCUGUUAGCCGGGCCACAAUUGACAUAUCUUUCUUUCCGCCAUUAUUCAAAACUGAGAAUGACCAGUUCGCACUCAGAAAGCUUGCCACAAGACUGAGCGACCUAGCCUUGGAUAUUGCUCUUUCGCUGGAUUGCUUGAAUGAUCUGCAAAUCGUUCUACAGUAUGAAAACUUCAUUAUGCACACUCAUGUUGAUGGCGAUCAAAGUUAUCAUUCAUGGAGUCGACUUGGAGACGUCAUAUCUUCCAUGUUUGCCAUUGGCUACCACGAGGAUGUCGAAAAGACCAAACCACCCAUCCCUACAUUCCUAGCAGAGCUUCGAAAGACAGCUUGGGCCACUAUGUACUCAGCAGACAAAAACAUUGCUUUAUUCCUUGGUCGGCCCCCUCGAAUGAGCAAACGCUUCUGUCAUUUCCAGUUGCCCUCGCCCCCGAAAGGCUCGGAACGAAUUGGAAACCCUCGGCAUAUUCAGGGUGAGAGUCCUACCUCAGAACUAGAUACUCCAGUCAGCUAUAGAGCAGGAAUUCGAUGGGCCACUAUCUGUGCCUCACUGAAAGAAGAUAUCAUGGAAUUACUUCGAGAUAAACAACGUGAGGACUUCAACUCAAAAGCAAGUUAUAUUCAGAAGAAGGCAGAAACAGAGUGGCAAAAUCUCCCUUCCAAUUUCCGACUGAAGUCCAGUUUGAAAGAGUGCUCUCGAUAUGCAUUCGAGCGUGAUUUUCUAGCUGGCCUGCGAUUGGACUACUUACACACCCUAUUUUUGCUGAGAUUGCUCUUUCAUGAUACGCUGGCGAGGCCCGAUCCUGCUAUUCUCGAUGUUUCAGACCAAAUGCUGGCCCUUGUAGUUGAAGUAAUACUUUUAAGAGAUCAGCUCGUCAAUUCCGGAACGGGGCUUAUCUGGAAGAUUGCACACUUUGGACUCCCAGCAGCAGGCAUAAUCCUGCUCUCUAUGCUGAAACAAACCUCUACAGUUAAUGAGAUUCGCUCAACAUGGUCUAAAACCUUACUUAAUUUGGGGAUCUUUGUUGCGCAGAUUCAGGUUGGCAGCAUUGUUCGACCAAGUGAUCCGAAUUACGCAUUGAUAUCCAAGGCAACACAAACCAUCGAACGGUUCCUUAACUCGAUGCAACGGGACGGAAUACAAAGCUCGACUCAACCCAGUUCGCAGAUGGAAGAAAACGGCGACUGGGCUGCCUUCUUUAGUCAAGACUUGUGCGACUUCGAGACGGACUUUUGGGAGAAUCUUGCGGAUCAUCCUUCAUUGCUGGCUUUAGAUCCAACUUUGCCCUCUCUAUAG